AUGUCAUCGACGGCGCCCGGCGCACAGGCCGCCUCUCCAACCACAAAUCGCCAAACCACAAGAGCCUCGGUGAACACUGCAGAGACCCCAUCCUCCAAACCACACGCCGCUGAACCGUCACUUCGUCGUGCCCACCAAAAGAUCGUGUUUACGGACCCAGUCGCACUGCGCUACCUCGAAGAAGACCCAUCAACCAUCGUGCUACAUCGCCGUUUGACGCUGGAGGGCUAUGAAAUAUACAUUGUUGAGCAAUGGGCGUGCUCCAGAAUCCACCCCACUUUUGUCAUCACAACAUAUACGGGCGACUCGUCGCAUAGAGUGGUUGCCGGUGUUUUGGGGGUUCCUACGGACGAGUCGACAUGGUCUCCCCGGUUAAAGCUGUACUUCAAUGCUGUGAAGAGAUUCCAGCUGCGAGAGAGGGAGACGUCCCUGGGCACAGUCAUGGUAACUGAUCUAAACUCCUUUCCAUCCGAGCUCUCGGUCAUAUCUGUGCCUGAUGGGGACAUCCUCAAACACAGGGAAGAUUUUGUUGUGAAUGAGAACUUGAAGCGGUUAGGCUGUGCUGGCCGAGCCGGCUUGAAGCUUCAAGCCCCAGCUCCUGCUACCGUGGCCAAGUUUCAUCAAUUGUAUCGGACGAGCGAAAGGGUCCCCCUCUACAGCGCCGUAAUGGAGCUCGUCAAGCAAUGCCAGAUUGCAUUGAUGAUGUUCGGGAACUUGGCGCCGGAGUAUGUGGACGGCCUGCUUUGCGAUGUUACAGAAGCUGCCGUGGGAGACUGGUGGACCGAUAUUGGAAUGGAACUGUAUAACAUUGAACCAAGCGAUGGGAGGCUCGGUCCUACCACAGUUGCAGCUUUGCUAGGUGCUCUCAUGGGAGCUCGCAACCGGCUUCAUGCGAACGGCGCCCCGGUCGGCAAGGAUGCCUUUGAUAUCACCAAUCUCAAGCGCGGAAUUGGAAAUUUUCAGAAAUCUCAGAAGAUGAAACGUACGCGGCGGCUGGACCGCCACACCAUGGACAGACUUCACCGGGCCACUGCCAAGGCGGCCAAUGCAGAGGGCUGGACCGAUGCUGUCAAAUCUACCAUGGCGGAGCUCAGCGGGCACGGCGGCGAGAUGGUCAUGGGCAUGGUCCGAGGCAAAGAGAAAGGCGGGAUUGCGGAUAUCGAAACCAUUGAUAUUGACAACUUUGCUCAACUAAUCAGCGGUGAAAGAGCAAAGUGGCUGUGGCGAGGGAAACCACGCAAAAGCGCAGUCGAUCCCAACGGACCUCCGGCUUCGGAUAUGAUGUUUACCACAGACGAACAAGGCGGGUAUGUCUGGACUAGUCGCAAGCGACAUUCACAUGAGGACCUGGGCAUGGACCCCUCUUUUCAGAAAUCUGAACGCUCGUGGAAGCAGGCGGAAGCAGCUGGUCCGCCCGAAGACAAGGAUCAGAACCUCAGUAGGAUGGUCAUGAAAGGCGUUAGUGGCAAGGUUUCAGACGCUCGGAUAGGGUUUGGCAAGUUCAAAGAUGCUGUCGGGAUACGGUCACACAAGCAGGCAAAGGACUCGGAGUUUGGUGGUGAUGCUGCCCAACUCGCUUUCAUGGAAAGUGAUACUGAGACAGGCCUCCAGCCUGGAUACGAGGAUGCCCCUCUACCCGAUACACAAAUAUCGAAUGGCGACGAGCAAGGACAACUUUUGCUGGACACCAAUAGCCAGCCUGCUGAGAAAACGCUGCCAGCAAUCACAGUAGACCGUGCUGCAUCCAACGAAGACACAGACACGUCACGUAAGGGCUCUGUAACCCAAACAGACGAAGGCAUGCAAGACCUGGACCGGUUCAAAACGCGAUCUACCGACGUAUCAGGAGUUUCAGGCGAUCAAGAAAGAGCAUCAACACCAGCAUCCUGCGCCAUGUCCCUACGCAGGCCGCAUAGCUGCGACGAACUUGUAUAUGUCCACGAUUUCGAGCGGAAAAACGAGUACUGGCCGCGGCAUCUAUCUUUCAGCAUCGUCGAAGAGGUUGUCCUAGCGCGAAAAGGACUAGAUGACCGUACGAUCUUUGAAAGCUCCGACGCCCCUCUAGAGGAAGCCAUAAUCCAUGAGGACAUACUGGCCUCCGAUGCGCGGAUUUCGGGUAUUCGAAUCCGCGAUCUUGAAUUACACACCGUUCCAUGGGUCGAGAGCCAGGUGUCUUCGGUCGACAGGCUGAACCACACCCUUUAUGAGACUCAUGAGAAGAUGAGCUCAGAGUACCUAGAACGGUUCGAGCUGUAUCAGCAAGUCCGGGAACGGUCCGGUGAUGUACUCGCUGGUGAGCACUCGCAGCUUACCGAGCACAUGAAACGAGUCGAAAUGUUGGGCGCAAAGCUUGACUACGAACUACACGCUUUAGAAACCAAAGUCGAAGAUGUGGAGACGGGGCUCGGAGAAUUCGAACGGCAUGUCGAGGAUAUCGAAGUGAGGGUCAAGUCUCUGAUUCGGGGUGAGGACGAGAAGCAGAAUCACUCGUGGCUGUCCUGGUUCAGCAGACUGGUCAGUGGCAGUAGCUUGACACACACCCAUUGA